CGACUCCUCAGUACACCGGAGCUCUGACCUACGACGGCGUGAGUGCCAUGGCGACGGCUUUCCACAACCUGCGACGGCAGCGGAUCGACAUCUCUCGCCGCGGCAACGCAGGGGAGUGUCUAGCCAACCCCCCCGCUCCCUGGGGACAGGGCAUUGACAUCCAGAGGGCCCUGCAACAGGUGCGUCUCGAAGGUCUGACGGGUCACGUUCAGUUUGACGAGCGAGGACAUCGGACCAACUACACUGUGACUGUGAUGGAGCUCAGCCACAAAGGAGCCACGAAGAUCGGCUACUGGAACGAGAGGAGGGGCUACGUGAACACGGCCGUCUACAGGCCGGUGCUGGAGGAGGUCCACGGUCUGCAGAACAGAACCUACGUCGUCACCACCAUCCUGGAAGCUCCCUACAUGAUGCUGAAGAAGAACCACGAGCAGUUAGUAGGAAAUGACAAGUACGAAGGUUACUGUGCCGAACUGGCCUCGGAGAUCGCCAAACACGUCGGCUUCGCCUACCGCCUCGAACUGGUGGGUGACGGCAAGUACGGCGCCAGAGACAGUGCGACAAAGAUGUGGAACGGCAUGGUGGGAGAACUGGUGUACGGGAAAGCCGACGUGGCGGUCGCCCCGCUCACCAUCACUCUGGUGCGAGAGCAGGUGAUCGACUUCACCAAACCCUUCAUGUCUCUGGGAAUCUCCAUCAUGAUCAAGAAACCCACCAAGUCCAAACCAGGCGUCUUCUCCUUCCUCGACCCGCUGGCCUACGAGAUCUGGAUGUGCAUCGUCUUCGCCUACAUCGGCGUCAGCGUCGUGCUCUUCCUGGUGAGUCGGUUCAGUCCUUACGAAUGGGAGGGGGAGGACUCUGAUGACGAGGAUGAAACCGUCCCCUCCUCCACGUCUCAACGAGCUCAGCCGACGUCGUCCUCCGAACUCGCUCACUCUUCAGGGUUCCCUCAGGCUCAGAACCAGAACCAGCAGAAAGAGAAGGAGACGCCUGAACACACCAACGACUUUGGGAUCUUUAACUCUCUGUGGUUCUCUCUCGGGGCCUUCAUGCAGCAGGGCUGUGACAUCUCUCCCAGGUCUCUCUCAGGUCGGAUCGUUGGAGGCGUCUGGUGGUUUUUCACCCUCAUCAUCAUCUCCUCUUACACGGCCAACCUGGCAGCCUUCCUCACCGUAGAGAGGAUGGUCUCCCCCAUAGAGGGUUCAGAGGACCUGGCCAAGCAGACAGAGAUCUCCUAUGGGACCCUGGACGGAGGCUCCACCAAAGAGUUCUUUAUGAGGUCAAAGAUCGCCGUUUUUGAGAAGAUGUGGUCGUACAUGCGGAGCGCAGACCCGUCAGUGUUCGUCAGGAACACAGACGAAGGUGUGUUGCGGGUCCGGAAGUCGAAGGGGAAGUACGCCUACCUGCUGGAGUCCUCCAUGAAUGAGUACAUCGAGCAGAGGAAGCCCUGCGACACCAUGAAAGUGGGAGGAAACCUGGACUCUAAAGGCUAUGGAGUGGCCACGCCCAAAGGAUCGGCCCUCAGAAACCCUGUUAACUUGGCAGUGUUAAAACUGAACGAGCAGGGCCUGUUGGACAAAUUGAAAAACAGAUGGUGGUAUGACAAGGGAGAGUGCGGCACCGGGGGAGGGGACUCCAAGGUCAGAUCACCGUAACCCCAACAGCUAACGACAACGGCAAUGGCACACCAGGGUAACCGGCAACAACUCGCAACUUGACUAUCAAGCAUUGAACACUCCGGGUGACGCCACUGAAAGUUAGAAUAAAUCCGUGGUGUCGUUCACAGUAUUUGGUCCUCGGUCUGAUCCAGGAAGUAUUUUACAAAACAUCUUCUGCCAACGUUAAAGAAAUGUUCAACAAGCAAACGGACGGGGGUGAAAUCGUAACCUCCUGGGUCAAGUUACCGCUGAAGUUUUUCUUUGCUGAUGAACAUUUGCUCCAAAACAUAAAAAGCAUCGCUCCUUCCAGCAGGAAACAGUUGAUAAGACUUUUGGUUUUCAGACAUCGGACUGUUCCUGCAUGAGUCCGAUUCUUCUAAAGAUGCCGGAGUGUUUUCAGCUCUUGCCGGUUACCCAAAGUGAUAUAGUAAUACACAUCUCGCACACAGGGAGUCAGGCUAAACCAAGCUAGAUGGAGUAUUAACGCAUAUCACUUUGAUGCUGACAUUUGUUUCUAGAACAGUUUUAUUUGUGAGAUUGUGUCUGUUCUUUCUGUUUCUUUUCUUUUCUGUCGCUGUUAUUGAGAUGUUCUCUG